AUGACUGUGACAAGCCUUGGAUGGGGUCCACCUGGCUUCAUGCACUUUCAGCGACCGCUAGACGGAUGUGAAGGUGAGACAGUGGAGCUUCUUCCGGGCCAAACUCCCCGGAGAAAUAUAGGUCACCUGGAACCCUUCUGGGACCAUAUGGCCGCUGGUGAGAGAUACGAGCUCCUUUGGCAGGGGUCGGAAUAUGCCUUGCGGGCCUGGGGCAACUUACGCGAGAAUUGGUUCAAGAAAUUGGGGCUGUCUCGGGGCUACUUUUCUUUUACCUGCAUAGAGGUGGAAGAACGUUCGGACUCUGACUCUCAGCCCGACGACCCUCGGGUAGAGAAAUCGGACCGAAUCCUUGGCACCCCUUGCAUCAAGUGUGUGUCUGGAAGGCCUAUCGACAAUUUCCCGAAAGGAAAAGGUUCGUAUCACAGUGAAGACACCUAUGAGGGUCUGACGAACAGGGAUCACGAGGCUAGCUGCGCUGAUGCAAAGCCGAUCGUUAUACACGACUACCCGUUUGCUAGUGAUAACUUUCGACUGCGACGCCGCUGCCACGAACAGUGGAUGACUUAG